AUGGGCUCCUACAUAUUCUACGAAGAUCUUUAUCGGUCGAACCUUAUGACAACAUACAUAAUUCCCUUUGUCCAUCGUGCGUGUGACAGAAGUGACAGUUUUCUCUGGCGAGCGCACGUGAAGUGCAACGAAAAAAGCUAUGUAAAAGAAAGAAUGGGUGUUCUACAAAAGACCGAAGCCGCUCUGGCCCGCCUCUCAGCCCUUGUACAAUGGGAGGUGCUUAGAAAGAUGCUUAGAGAAAUAAAUCGGAAAAUGGAUGAGAAGCCAUACGAUGGUGAAGUAUUAACUCGUCGAGUUGAAGAACUCCAGCGGGAACGUGAUGAACUGAGAAAAGAUAUCGAGCAAUUAUGUAUGCAACAAGCUGGGCCUGGUUAUGUUUCUGUUGCAACUCGAAUGCUUUCUCAGAGGACAACAGCUCUGGAGCAGGAUAUUGAGAUCCUUCAGAAGAAGUUAAGUGGAUGCUUAAGAGAGAAUCAAAAUUUGCAAGAGGAGCUUGCUGAGGCUUAUCGAGUUAAGAGCCAGCUUGCUGAUUUAUAUGGUGCUGAGCUAUCAAAGACCAAGGAGCUAGAGCAGCAAGUGAGGUUUUUCCAGAGCAGCGUUGCUCAAGCAUUUGCUGAACGAGAUGGUUCAUUGUUGGAGUGUGAGAAAGCAAAGGAGCGAGAAGAAGCAGGGUUAAAAAUGUGCGCUACCUUUGAGGAAAGGUACUGUUACUCAUUUCCUAUUUCACAUGUCUUGAACUGUUCUCUGAUCAGCAAGGGCCAGAUCGGAGUUAUUCGGCAGGCCGGCGGCGACUCCAGCAUGUGGAGGAGCGGCAGGCGCCAUGGUCGAAAGGAGAGGACGAGAGAAUAUCAAACUGCAAUGGAAGAUCAGAAACGUUUGAACGAUGACCUGCAAAUGGAGUUGACAGAACUAAAAGCGCAUACAGAAUCUUCCUUGAAUGUUAUUAAAAAAUUAUACGAAGUUCGUUCCAGAGAAUGUGAAUGCCCUUCAAACAUUACUUUUGAAGAGAAAUGUUCAAUUCUUCUAGAUGAUUCUGCUGACAGUUGGAGUUUCAACCUGGAUGGCGAAACCUCAACUUCGAAGACCUUACACGGAGACAGAAAUUACAAAGUAACUGCAUGUCUGAUGGUUCUCAAGAUUGCAUCUCUAGAACAGGAGAAUGAGUCGCUUAAAGCUAAAAUAUCUAAGCUGCAAAGCAAUCUAAGAAUGAGUUUCGAAAUUGAACAUCACUUGCAAAGAAAUGCACGAACACUGGAAAAGAAACAGGCACUCAGUGAUGAUCUUAUGAGAAAUGGUCUGUCUGCUCUUCAAAAAGUCUAUACAUAUCAAAGGGCUGAAAUUAUGAAAAUAUUGGAAGAAGAAUUACUUCUGUUAAGCACGGCUGUUAAUGAGAUUCAAGACAAGUUAACUCAAAUUUGCAUCAAUGCUGAGAUCAUGGGUAACCCUGUUGGGAAGAUGCAAUGCUGUGACAGUAGUUGUAAAGACGUGCAUGUUACUAUGGAUAUUGGCCCUGAAACCAUCCCCAAGAUAGAUUCAUACAUAAACUUGAAAAAUGACACAAAUCAGUCAUACAACGUGUUUCAGGUGGAACCCACGCGCAAGUAUGGAGUGUGGGCCAACUGGCAUGUAGAGUUAACGGGUGAUGUUCCUACAGGUUAUUCUACAACUUUUGAUGAUUCAAAAGCGCUUGCUCAAACUUUGCAGGAGAAGAUGGAGGCGCUUAUGCUUUUCUCACAGGAACAAGAAAGAUACCUGUUGGAAAAACAGAAGAACCAAGCUAUUAUAGAGGACCUUGAGAAGAACUUAUCUCAAGUUAAAGAUGAAAAAGUGAAGGUCUUGAUGGAGUUAGCAAAACUGAAAGAAGCUUAUCUCCUGAAAUGCAGCUCUACUGCAAAUGAUGGUCAUGGUAUUGUUGAUACUCCAAAAAUCACUUCUGGGCAUGACCAACAAGGGAUGCUGAAGACUAUUCUUAACAGAACAUCUCUAAGACAAUGGAUAAAAAAGGAAAAUAAUACUGGGCAUGAGAGCUCUGGUGGAAAUGACCAGACAGUUUGUAGAGGGUGCUCAGUAGAUCUAUCAAGGAUGAAAGUUGAAAAUGCUACCCUUUUGGAAAGUGUUGCUACUAUGGAACGUCUCACUUCUUUGGUUCAUAGGCUGCACAGAGUGCUUAUGAAGGUAUAUGAUGAUGUCAAAUCCGGGUGUUCUUCGGAGAGUAGUUAUGAAGCACUGAGCAGUCUUAUAACAGAAGCAAACCUUAUGAGAACGGCUCUGGGCGUCGUUCUCCCAGUAAGCUGGUCAGGGGAUUCAUCAGGUGGUAUCACUUCAGACUCGCCUAAAUCAUCAAAAUCCGAAAAGGUGGAUCCCCUUGGUUCCGCUAGCAUGGAGAUGUUGGAGCUACUUAUAUUGGCCGCGGAUAUCCUCAGAGAGAGCUUCAUGUUGAAGAAAUGA